CAAAGUCCCGCCCAUCUACGUUAAUAACUAACACCGUGUCACGCGGAUAUUGCUCUACCUGUUUGAUUUAUUUCUGUGAUGCACAGUAGGAAGUUUCAUUAUCAUUUUAUAUCUUAAAAUGUAAAAUAUGGGGGUAAAAUAAUACUGUUAUCACAGUGGAGACUAAAUUGUGACUCAUUCGGACAGAGUAGGGAUUAUGUUACCAGGCGUGUUUUAUGCGUUAAUGGCUGGAUUUCUAGCAGCUUUAGCAUCAACUUCUGCUAAGUUGUCCCUAGGUGCUGAUUACCUGAAAGAUGUGUGUGAAACAGGGCUAAAGGUCUGGACAGAUGGACAGGAAAACACUGAUGGAGUUAAUACCACAACUUGUGACUGGUUACAUAUCCCCCUGCGGCUGCUUUGUGGUGGUCUUCUGUUCACCUGCAAUGCUGUGAUGUGGACCUUCUUCGCCAAAGCACUCAGGCACUCGUCUUCCUCUGCCCGGGCCACUGUGACCACCACUGCCUCAAAUUUUAUCUCCUCUGCUUUCCUUGGACAUGUGAUCUUUGGUGAAACUCAUGCCACGCUGUGGUGGUGUUUUUGUAUUUUUUUGACUGUGGGGGGUUUUUUUGUUUUGUGUGUAUAA